UUACUCAAAAGAUGUUGAGAUAUUUGCCCUACUGUUUGGUUUUUUGAAUUCCCACCUAAAUACCACUCUUAUAAUUGGAACACCUAUCUACCUUGUUUCAAUUUCAUAGCGUCUGCGUUGCUUGCGGCUUCUCACUCAACUCAACUUUUGUCUUCGACUAUUAGAUUUUUGUUGCCAUUGUCCAAGCAGUGAGAUUGUGUUACCCAGAUGGUGGCAAAGGGCUUCAUUGUGGACUUAAACAAACCCCUUGUCUUCCAGGUUGGUCAUCUUGGUGAAGAUUACCAAGAAUGGAUUCACCAGCCUAUUGUAAGCAAGGAAAGCCCUCGAUAUUUUGAAAGUGAUUUUUGGGAGUUUUUGACCCGGACACAUUGGUGGCUCAUUCCUCUAAUCUGGCUGCCAGUUGUCGGCUGGUUCCUCUCCAGGGCUAUUUCUAUGGGCCAAACAAUUCCCCAGGUGGCAUUAAUGGCAGCACUUGGCAUUUUUCUCUGGACAUUGGUUGAAUAUUCCCUACACCGAUUCCUUUUUCAUAUCAAGACAAAGAGUUACUGGGGUAACACACUGCAUUAUCUACUUCACGGUUGCCAUCAUAAGCACCCGAUGGAUGGUUUGCGCCUUGUUUUCCCUCCCGCUGCAACAGCCGUUCUUAUAUUUCCAUUCUUGAAUUUGAUCAAAUUAUUUUCGACUCCUUCGGCUACUCCUGCUCUGUUUGGCGGUGGUCUACUUGGUUAUGUGAUGUACGACGUAACUCAUUACUACGUGCACCAUGGGCAACCGGUCAGCGAAACAGUCAAGAGCCUAAAGAAGUAUCAUCUGAAUCACCAUUUCAGAGUCCACGAUAAAGGAUUCGGCAUCACUUCGUCGCUGUGGGACAAGGUGUUUGGAACUCUUCCUCCAAAAAUGGCUGAGAAGAAGAGCAGGUAAAUAGAUACAUAGAUCUAGCUGAAUUGAUGGUGAUCAUGUCAUCGCCACAACAACUUUCUGCUGCAGCGAAUUUUAAACUGGCGUUUUCAAUUGGUUGGGUGGGAGGAGGGACUGCAAUUUGCCAUUCUAGGUUAAUUUGUAUGCCUAUUGAUUUU